AUGGUUGACCAAGUUAUUGCCUCUCUAGGCAAGGAGUUUGCAAUCCGUGAUCUGGGUAACUUACAUUAUUUUGUGGGAAUCGAGGUGAUGUAUCACCCUCAAGGAAUAAUUCUCUCUCAGCAACGCUAUAUUAUGGAUUUGCUGAAACGUAUUGGUAUGGAUGGUGCAAAACCAGUACACAAUCCAAUGUCAUCAUCUACAAAGUUGUCACGCAACUGUGGCACACCAAUGACUGAACCAUCUCUUUAUCGUAGUGCUGUUGGCGCCCUACAAUAUGCCACUCUCACAAGACCGAAUAUAUCAUUCUCUGUUAAUAAGGUAUGUCAAUUUCUUCACUCACCAACAGAGGAGCAUUGGCAGGCCAUCAAGCGUAUUCUGCGAUAUCUCAAAGAUACUGUUGCACAUGGUCUUCUCAUCUCUAAGACUACAUCGCAACGUUUGAUGGCAUUCUCUGAUGCUAACUGGGCGGGCUGCAUUGAUGACCACAGGUACACGGGUGGAUUUGCAAUUUUUAUAGGCACAAAUCUUAUAUCCUGGUCGGCCAAGAAGCAACCAACCAUUUCUCGGUCUUCGACUGAAUCUGAAUAUCAGGCUCUAGCGAAUACCACUGCAGAACUUGUCUAG